UCAUUCAAAAAAUAUAAUUGAGAACAUAUUUUUAUUCAGUUUUGGUACGGUUUAAAGUUGUGUAGGACGAAAUUUGAAGUAAAGUGUGUAGAAAAAAAUGUUUGAAUUAAGUGGCCAGACGGUAGUUUUUGUUGGUCUGGCAGCCCUUGCACUUGUGAGCUAUUGCAUUUACUUUGAUCACAAACGGCGCAGAGAUCCCCAAUACAAGCGGCGGGUGCACGAGCGGCGGCAGCGUGAGCUGUCACAAUGCGCCCUACGCAAGCCCCCGCUAAACGCUGAAGUAGUCGAAUACUUUUUGCGGCACGUGUACCUAGGCGAGACUUGUGUGCGCAGCAAGGACUGGGACAGAGCUGUGCACUAUUUCGCUAACGCGAUCAUGAUAUGUGCAGAUCCGCAUAUAUUGUUAUGCAAAUUGAAAGUGGCGGUGCCCAUCGAACUCUACGAUAAAAUUAUAGCGAAAGUACGGCUCCUCGUCAGCACAUCUGAAAAUUGGGGUCAGCCUUCGACUUCAAUAAUCGAUUCGCUAACAAGUAAUGAGGAUAGGACCCUGGAGUCAACAGAGUCGCUCGCAUGUUCGAGCGAGAUGAAUUCAGAUUAGCAGUUUCAUUUCUUUGUUUUUGCUUUUCUUUUUCAAUAGGAGCCUAAGCAAACACGAUCCAUCCAACAAAUUUAUUGUCCAAGAUGUGCAUAUAACCGCUUUAUUAUAUUCUGCCACUCUCUCUCUGUUAAUAUUACAAUUCUUUAUCUAUGGUACACAUAUCCU